GGUUUCCGUGCUGCUGCACUUGCUGGCUGAGAGCUCCCUCCUCUCUCCAUCUCUCUGUGUGUUUCUCUCCCCAUGACUCUGACAGCAUCUCAUGCUCUCGCUUUCAAUCCUUCUUCCCACAAUUCACACACAAUCUCCUCAGAACAGGGAUGAUGUCACUUCCUUCUAGAGUGUGUCGAGGGGUGUGUGCGAGGGGGGGAAGUCACGACCCCGGCUCAUUCGCUCCAAGCAACCCCAGUUGAAUAAAUGAGGUUUCCGUCUUGGAGGGAGGGAAGUGCUCUGAAGAUGAUGCCUGGCUUCCUUGGCAGACAGUCAUCAAGCUGUCCUUUCCUCUUCUGACUGGGAUUUUCAAUGGCUGCAUGAAGAGUUCGUGGUUUCCUCCUUCACUCGUGAUGUCUGUCUCCGUGGACGUGAACUUUCCCUGAAACACCCUCUCGGGAGAGAAGAAUGUGCUUCUGCUGGACCACUUGCCAUGAGAUGAGCAUCGUGCCUGCUGAGCCUCCUCAGACCUGCUAGCCAUGCCAGGGAUUGUGGUGUUCCGCCGUCGCUGGUCUGUGGGCAGCGAUGACCUCGUUUUGCCAGCCAUCUUCCUCUUCCUCCUUCACACCACCUGGUUUGUGAUCCUUUCCGUGGUGCUCUUCGGGCUGGCGUACAAUCCCAACGAGACCUGUUCCCUUAACCUGGUGGACCAUGGCAGAGGCUACCUGGGCAUCCUGCUCAGCUGCAUGAUCGCAGAGGUGGCAAUCAUCUGGCUCAGCAUGCGUGGCAGCAUCCUGUACACAGAGCCCCGGGACUCGAUGCAGUAUGUGCUCUAUGUCAGACUGGCCAUCCUGGUGAUCGAGUUUGUGUACGCUAUUGUGGGCAUCGUUUGGUUAACACAGUACUACUCCUCCUGCAAUGACCUCACUGCCAAGAGUGUCACCUUGGGAAUGGUCGUCUGCAACUGGGUCGUCAUUCUGAGUGUCUGCAUCACUGUUCUGUGUGUCUUUGACCCGACGGGACGGACCUUUGUCAAACUGCGAGCCACAAAGAGGAGACAGCGCAACCUGAGGACGUACAAUCUGCGGCAUCGCCUUGAGGAGGGACAGGCCAGCAGCUGGACUCGCCGGCUCAAAGUUUUCCUUUGCUGCACACGGACAAAGGACUCCCAGUCAGAUGCAUACUCUGAAAUUGCCUACCUUUUUGCUGAGUUUUUCCGAGAUCUUGACAUAGUCCCAUCUGACAUCAUCGCGGGCCUGGUCCUCCUGCGUCAGAGGCAGAGGGCAAAGCGCAAUGCAGUGCUAGAUGAGGCAAACAAUGACAUCUUGGCCUUUCUGUCUGGGAUGCCAGUGACCAGGAACACCAAGUACCUGGAUCUGAAAAACUCGCAAGAGAUGCUGCGGUACAAAGAGGUCUGUUAUUAUAUGCUGUUUGCCCUGGCAGCCUAUGGCUGGCCCAUGUACCUGAUGAGGAAGCCCACCUGUGGACUCUGUCGCCUGGCUAGAUCCUGCUCAUGUUGCUGUCUCUGCCCCUCGCGGCCCCGCUAUGCCCCUAGUGUCACCAUUGAGGAGGAUAACUGCUGCGGCUGCAACGCCAUCGCUAUCCGUCGCCACUUCCUAGAUGAGAAUAUGACUUCAGUGGACAUUGUCUACACCUCCUGUCAUGAUGCGGUCUAUGAAACUCCUUUCUAUGUGGCUGUGGACCAUGAGAAGAAGAAGGUGGUCAUCAGCAUCCGAGGAACUCUGUCUCCAAAGGAUGCCCUGACUGACCUGACAGGGGAUGCAGAGCGCCUCCCAGUUGAAGGUCACCAUGGAACCUGGCUGGGACACAAGGGAAUGGUGUUGUCUGCUGAGUACAUCAAGAAGAAAUUGGAGCAGGAGAUGGUGCUUUCUCAAGCCUUUGGACGUGACUUGGGCAGAGGAACAAAACACUAUGGGCUGAUUGUGGUGGGCCAUUCCCUAGGGGCAGGCACAGCUGCCAUUCUGUCCUUCCUGCUGCGUCCGCAGUACCCAUCGCUGAAGUGCUAUGCCUAUUCUCCCCCAGGGGGGCUGCUGAGUGAGGAUGCCAUGGAGUACUCAAAAGAGUUUGUGACUGCUGUCGUGCUUGGCAAAGAUCUAGUUCCCAGGAUUGGUCUCUCACAGCUAGAGGGAUUUCGCCGGCAGCUUCUUGAUGUUCUCCAGAGAAGUAACAAACCAAAGUGGCGAAUCAUUGUGGGGGCCACAAAGUGUAUACCCAAGUCAGAGCUCCCGGAAGAGACUGAAGGGAAUUCAGUGACCAGUAGCCGUCUCUGGACUCACCCCAGUGACCUAACUAUUGCCCUGUCUGCCAGUACGCCACUCUAUCCACCUGGCCGCAUCAUCCAUGUGGUGCACAAUCACCCUGCUGAGCAGUGCUGUUGCUGUGAACAGGAGGAUCCCACUUACUUUGCAAUUUGGGGCGACAAUAAAGCGUUUAAUGAAGUCAUCAUCUCCCCAGCAAUGCUGCAUGAACACCUCCCUUAUGUGGUCAUGGAGGGGCUCAACAAGGUCCUGGAGAAUUACAACAAGGGCAAAACUGCCUUGCUUUCUGCGGCCAAAGUGAUGGUGAGUCCAACAGAAGUGGAUCUCAACCCGGAAUUGAUCUUCCAGAAUCAGCCCCUGCCCAGCGGACCCUCAUUACAGAUCGGGAUUGGCGCCAUAACAGUGGACAGAAGGAACAGCAGCGUCAAGAGCAAGUCCCAUUCUGAAAUCAGUUUGGAGGGGUUUUACGAGACCAAGCUCCUUUCUCCUGUGCAGAAGGACCCUGUGGAGCUAUUGCUUCUGGAUACCAAGGAGCGUUUGUCUGUGGAGCUGCAGGACCGUCGUGCUCCUCUCGCUACCAUGGAGAGUCUGUCUGACAAUGAAUCCAUCUACAGCUUUGAGUCGAGGCGCUCCUCUGGAUUCCGGAGCAUCCGCGGUUCACCCAGCCUCCACGUCGUCAUGGAGAAGGACGAGACACACUGCUUUUAUAUAGACCCCAUUAUCCCUGAGGAGAACCCCUCCCUCAGCUCACGGACAGAGCUGCUUGCUGCCGACAGCCUCUCCAAACACUCCCAGGAGACCCAGCCCCCGGAGGCCCUGCACAACAGUGGUGGCACUACCCCCCGGCGACGCGGCAGUGAGGAAGGGGCUGGUAGUGAAGGGGACCACGUUUCCUUCAUCCCCGAGGAGGAACUGACCCUCCAGAAUGGACGGCUUACUGAUGUGCCCAGUCCACAAGUGCUGGAGUUUGCUGAAUUUAUAGACAGCCUCUUUAACCUGGACAGCAAAACCAGCUCCUUCCAGGACCUCUACUGCAUGAUGGUAUCUGACAGCUCCAGUGACUUUGCUGAGAUGCCCAAGUCAGUCAGUGAUCAGGAGAUCCUGCUGAGAGCACAGUAUGAGCCCAACCUAGUCCCCAAGCCCCCUAGGUUGUUUGCUGGCUCAGCAGAUCCCUCUUCUGGCAUCUCAGUCUCUCCCUCAUUCCCUCUGAGUUCCUCUGGAGAGCUUAUGGACAUCACUCCCACGGGCAUGAGCAGCCAGGAAUGCCUGGUCACUGACAAAAUCCGGACUUCCACUCCAGCUGGUCAUGUGACCAGCCCUGCCAAGCAGGAGGACCUCAUGAUCUCAGCCCUCUAGUGCAGGAGUGGAGGGGUGAGGCUCCAAGAGCCAAUCCCAUGAGCUGAAUACUGGGAUAACACUUGGAGGAGCUGGUCAUUGGGCAGUUCGGAAGUGGGAGAGACGCCUGAGAAUGUUCCUUCUGAGGUGCCUUGCUGGUGGCAUCGUGACGUCAGGGGGAUGGAUUCCGUAUGCUGGGUCAUAUGCUUAAGUUUGGGAGAAGAUGUUCUGCCUCUCAAAGCCUGCUACAAUAAGAGGGUCUCAUCAGUGGAGUUAGAUGUUUGGUUUCCCUACCUCAGCCUACUGGAUUAAAUCAGAGGGCAGAUUCCCUGCCUCAGGGCAUCUGCUGAGGCACAGGGCUCAGAUUUCCUGCUCGAGGGAGUCUGCUGGAGACGGGGUGAAUUCCCUGAGGUGAGAGGACUGGAUUAUCAGAAGUAAGGGUCGUAUCACCUCCCGUUGUCAUUUAAGUGGUGUCAAUAGCGAGCAGAUUGCGACUUUGGGCCCAAUUGCACUAACACGUCACGUCUGACCCAAGCACCAAUUCAUCACCCUUUCAUGGUGUUUGUUUUUAUAAGACACUCUCUCCCGUUUUAAAGCCAUUGGAUCUGUAUUCCCAGGGAAUGCAGCCACCCUCUCCCUGACCAGGCGCAGCGAGAAUCAGGCUGGCACUGUGUGUUUUCGCUUCCCUGAUUACCUCUGAGUUCACUGACUACCAGGCUUCUUCUGAGAAGAAAGGAAAUCCAUAUACUAGAGAGCCGAAGGCCACUGCUGCAUCCGUCCUCCACCAGAGGGGUGGGGAAGGUCUCUUGGGUCUCGCCUUCAUCACUUCACAGCUCCCUGGAACACUCAGAACUGGUGAUGUUCCCACCACAGACUGACAGGAUUUUCAUCUCAAUACCGCAUGGAUGGAUUGGUUUAAACUAGCUUUUGGUAUUUAAAAGGCUUGCCAGUGCCAAGCAUUAUCUGCCAGGUCCCUGUGGUGCCUGGGAGCCUCCUUGGGCCUGUUCCUGGUCGUCAGUCCACCUUCCUCGCAGACCAACACUGGUCUCUGCCCUCGGAGUUCAGGGAAAAGAUGAACCUUUACCAAGUGUUGAAAUCUCAUGUAUGUUUACAGAGCUGCUAAGCUUUUCAGAAGGUAUUCAUUACACAAAUUGGAAAGCCUUCCUGGAGCAAGAAGAAUGUUCUGUUUCCCCUUCCUUGCUGUUCCCUCAGUGUGCGGGCUGAGGGGAGAGUGGAGGGGGCAGGAGGUGCUGUUAUUGCAAAUCCUUGUUUCAAAGUGGAGGCCCUUUGAUCCAAGCCCAAGGGAAAGCUGCAUGCAUCCCUCCCGCAGGGGUUCAUCCCCUUCACCCUGCUGCACGACAACUCGUUAAAAAGCCCCAAUAUAUUGUCAACAAAAAUAGUGACUGAGCAACCAGUCCUGUUGCUCUCAAUGCCAGUGCCCAGGGUAGCCUGCUGGCUCUACUGAAUGAAUGGAAGGGAUUUUCCGAUGACGGAAGCAGGAGGGAGACUAACUGCCUAGGCAGUUAAACAUACUGUGACCUACAAGAGUCCUCUAACUGGAAAAAGACUUCAUAUCAGAACUCAGCAGAAUCAAUCCGUGUCUCUGCAGCUCUGCCCUCCUUCACCGGAAAAGAAUCUCCUGUUUGAGUCAGCUGUAAAAUGCCCCCAUCUUACCGGAGCCCUUGGCUGUGCAAUUCCCAGUACAGUGAGAAUUCCAUGCUUCUGAUAGGUUAGCCCCAUUACACAACAGGAAUUGAUGGGUCCAGUUCACCAUCAUGGUACAUCUUUGUUGUUGGUUGUUUGUGCUAGGUGCUGUACAAACACCAAACAAAAAAUAGUGUAAAAUGGCACCAAAUAAGAACAGGAACAUUUUUACACCCACUCAGCAUGGCAAUGUUGAAUUGGUUCCUAUGUGUCCAGUGUGACAAUAUCAUGUAGGGUAGAUUCCCCAGUCCCUACCAUGAAAUGCUUAGUCACUGGGAGUGCAGACGUUUCCAUUUAUAAAUACUAAAACAAAAUCUUUUUAACUGUCCCAGUAGUUUAGAUUCCAGAUGUGACCUUUCUUAAAACUCCGGCAAUCAGAGGGAAUAAUGUCCUUCAGAUUCUAAAUAUCUUUUUUUUAAUCUAUUAGUUGCUGAGCAACAAAGUUCCUUCUUUUUUUUUUUAAAUAGGCCCUACCAAAAAGAGCAGUGUGGUGUGUUCCCCUUGCUGGCUUUGCAGCAACAGUUGACCAGCAUUGUGCUGACAACAUGAAUGGUUCUGGCACCUGUACAAGAACAACUGUAUUAAUACUUGCUGGAGGAUUCUCUGCUCCUUGAAGUCUUUAAACCACGAUUUGAGGACUUCAAUAGCUCAGACAUAGGUGAGAGGUUUUUCGCAGGAGAGGGUGGGUGAGAUUCUGUGGCCUGCAUUGUGCAGGAGGUCGGACUAGAUGAUCAUAAUGGUCCCUUCUGACCUUAAUAUCUAUGAAUCUAUGAAUACCAUCCUCCAUUGGAAGUGCAGGGCAAGAAUGCAUGGUAAGGGAAUUAAAAGAUGAUUUUCAGGAAGGCAUUACAAUGAGCAGUACAGUUUAGAAUAACAAGGGGAAUUUGCAGAAUUUAGGGAGUAGGACUAGCAGGCUAGGCUCACCACUUGCAGCAGUCUGCUGAGGGUGCUGCAGUGUGGACAGGGUGACACCCUGCCUCAAGCCAUCUGCUAGCCUUGGGGAAAGGGCGCAUGUUCCUGCCUUGCCCAGUAGGCUGAGGUCGGGUAGUAAUAAUAACACUUAGCACUUAUCUAGCGCUUUAUAUUUUCAAAGCACUUUACAAACAUUAAUGAAGGAAUCAUCCCAACCCCUAGUAGUUAGGUACGUACCUACUGUAUUAGGAGAUGCCUCGGAGAAUCUGCUGAGGCUAGGUGAAGCCGGUUCCCAAUUUUGGGAGAUUAGGGGGUCAGAGUCACAGAAAUUAUGUGAUCAGAUAGCGUCCCUGUUAGUGAAGGUUUUGUUAGCAUCUAAGUGAUUUCACUAGUGACUAGAUUAUAACUAAUGGGUCACACUAUUGCACUAAGAUGUCACGUCUGACCUGGGCACCCCUUUGUUGCAGUUGUAUGUUUUAACACUGUCUACGUUUUCAAAGCCAUUGGAUUACAGGGAAUUCAGAAGCUCUCUCCCUGACCAGCGGUAGAGGAAUCCAGCCAGCAGGUUGUGUUCUUGCUCCCCAGUUUACAUGCUCUGUGGCUAUGGGGCUUCUGCCAAGAAGUUGGAAAUAUGCAGCCUCUGGUGUCCCAGGGCUGCCACUGACCAAAGAAGAGGGGAGUUGAGUUGUGAGAGGGUCCAAUUAGAAAAGUUUCCAACGACAGUAUCUCAUGGCCUCCCCUCUUGUAGUCAUUUUUCAUUGUCCCCUCCUGGGAAAUCACAGAGUAAACCCAUGCUCUCUGCACCAGCACUGCCCAAACACACGUUAAAUUUCCCCCUUGAAGUGACUGAUGUGUAACUCCCCCCCAUUGUCUUAUGCAUUAUAGAGAGCAUUUGCAAAACGCAGCCUCCCACUGCACCCAAAAGAACAUAUCUGAUGUGUUUGUGUUUAACGCUGAGCCCGUCACUAAUCCGCCAUACAUAUCCCAUGCUGCACUCCACCUUCUCUGUCUUUCCUCUACUCUGAUAUGUUUUCUGAGACAACUAUACCUAGCACUUAAGGUUCCUUCACUGCUUGACUGCUGGAUCUUAUCCUGCAGCUCCUGUGCAGCCACCUUGUGCCUUUAAUGUUUGGAUGGUCCAUUGAAAGGUCAACGGGACAUCAUAAUGUGACUGGGGCAGUACUGGAUGUACCUGACACGUUAGAGAGCAGCUAAGCUGUUAAUCGUUUGUGUCAGUUCUUGGGGCACACUCUUGCCUUUCAUCCCAAUCAGUGAGUGAUUAGUACUGGAGUGCCGUUCCAGUGAACAGUCAGAGCAGAAGGCACCCAAAUUGCUGGAGCUGAGAGACUGGGUUUUCUGCACCUUAAAAAUUAAAAUGUAUAAAGUGAAACCUAAUACACCAAUGCAGCUUUGCCAAAGAGUCCUACAAAGAAACCUCCCCAAUUAGGCACUUCGUGGUUAGCUGAAUAAUAAUGAGACAGCACUUGCAUAGCAAGUUUUAUCUUCAAAGCCCAUAGAAGACUGUGAUGGACUGUAACCCUGAAACCUUGGAACAUUCAGGGACAACAUGGGAGGCUUUAAACCAUUGUAACAGCACUGGUUUAACUCCCAUACCUCCUAGGUCAAAGAGAGAUGGGCUCUAAUCCUGUCUCUGAAAGUAGUGAGGAUCCAUGAAAGGCGUAUGUGCUUGGGUGAUGGAUAUUGCUCUUGUGCUUUUUCAAACAGAACCGGACCCAGAACUGAUCCCUGUGGGACCCCACUUGAAUUACUGAUAACUGCUCUCUGGAAAUGGUUUUCCAACCAGUAUGCACCCACCUUAUAGUAGUUACAUCUAGGUUGUAUUUCCCUAGUUUGUUUAUGAGGAGGUCAUGCAAGACUGUAUCAAAAGACUUACUAAAGUCAAGAUAUGCUACAUGUACUGCUUCCCCCCCAUCCACAAGGCUUGUUACCCAGUCAAAGGUACGGUCCCUUUCAAUUUUAUUGAAUGUUCCUUUGUACUGGAACACCUUAUCUACCGUCUUCAUAUCAUUCAGUAUUUUAUAUAUCUUUGAUGUCCCCUUCUGAUUUGUCUCAUCUCUAUACCUAUGCCGUCCCAAUCUUACCCAUCUCUUCAUGUGGACAUUCUUCCAUGCCUCUGAUCAUUUCUGUCUCCCGUCUGUGAACCCCCCUCUAUUUCUUGCCCUAUUCUCUUUUUAGAUAGGGUGACCAGAACUGCACAAAGUAUUCCCGGGGAGGGUAUCUCAUUGACUUAUAGAAUGGCAUUAUAUAAUAUUUUCAGUAUCUUUCUCUCUCCCAUUUUUCAUGCAUUCCAGCGUUUUGUCUGCUUUGCUGACCACAACUGGGCAUUGAGCAGAGGUCUUCAUUGACCUGUCCGCACCGAUGCCCAGGUCUUUUUCCCUGAGUUGUGACAGUUACUUUGGAACCAGUAAGGCAUAUGAGCCGUUCAAAUGAUUCCUUACAAUGCCCAUUAGCUUCAUUAAUCAACACUGAAUUUCAGCUGCUGGUGUGUUCCCCAUUUGCCUUUCUUGGCUAGGCCCUUCUGAAAUCCCUUAAGGUUUUAGUCUUCUCCAAUCUUGGCUAAUUUACAUAUUUUUUUUAGUCAUCUACCAGUGUUCUAACCUUACUGCUUGCCCGUUUUCCAGAUCAUUGUUCCAUAUAUUACAUAGCACUGGUUCUCGUAUGGAAUUUGGGGAGCACCCCACUAACAAGGCAGAACAAAUAUCACCCAGCCUAUGCAAAAUGUGCGUAUUUUCCUUUGCAGGUUUUACUUGCAGAGCAAGCAGGUCUAUUAUGAAUUCAGUGUGGCUGCUUGGAAUAUCCUGGACUGCUCAGUUCUAGGCUAUCUGCCAUUCCUCUGCUUGUGUACACGCGCAUGCACACACUUGCAAGUACCUUGUGUACUUUUAAAUGCCGCCUGCUCCAGCUAAAUCUCACUUCACAUUGUGCAGGAGGGCAGCCUAGUAUAAUGUUUAAUUUCCCAUCGUGAUCAGCAGCGCUUUCUCUGCAAUAGAUGCCUUGGGAACUCCCCCCAGCUCGUGUUUUGCUAGAGCCUGGUCUUCAUUAUGCUAAGUAAAGCAAGCACACUUACAUUUAACCAAAAGGCUAACCCCAAUUUAUCCCUUUUCCCCAUAUACACAACAUACAGACAGUCUGGCUGCAGAGACUUUCUUACUCUGUGGCAAGGACAGUGGCUUUUAAUCUACUCUUUCUGGUUACAGUAGCUCUGUGUGAUUUGUGUGUUCUGUAGAUAGCACAUAGAUUUUAAUACUUUCCUGAUAAGGUGAUUAAGUAAAUAAAAUGCCUAUAAUACUUGCUGGCAAGACAUCCUAAGUUAACCUAUUGCAAACCUCUACUAGUUCUGCCUUUUAUCAAAGUCCCUCCAGCCUUCCUCCAAUUUGCAGAGUUAAUUGUUUUCUUUUUUUCUGUCUGUAGUACGGUUUAAGUCUCAGAUUCCUUCUUCUGAAUAUCCCUCCGCACUGCCCCCAGUUUGUCAUUGACAUCGCCUAUCUGAAUCUACCCGAAGCUGGGUUUUUGCUAAGAGGGUUAUUGUUUCGUUAUGUUGCCCCAACCCUCAUGUGUUCAGUUUCUCUGCAUUUUUUCAGAGUGAAGAGACAAUACCUCUGAUCCCUCUUCUUUCAGGUUAGGGUGAUUUGGGGAGUAAAUGACUGUUACCUAAGUGCGUGCUCCUUCUCUAUUGUUCCUUAGCAACAAAAGUUACUAGUCAUAAGAGCAGAGGGAAGUAAAAGAGUAAUGGAUUAAAUGGGUAAUGUAUUAAGUCUGAGGACUCAGUGUAAAAGAAAAACCCAACAUAGAACAAACAGGGAUACUAUUAUUGUGCGUAUGACUAGUGUGGUAGACGCUGUACAAAAUGAUACAUUACAUGAACUAUUAAACAAGGAAACAGGAUAAAUAGAUUUAACAGUGUGGCAGCCUGCCUAGAGCAAGGCAUUAUGUGCAGUGAGCUCGAUGUUGGUCCUUUCAUAGUUAAUUAAAGUUAAACUCAAAAUUGGCUCUCUGCACCUUUAAACUUGUAAACGAACACAAAAAGUAACCGCUUGGUCAUAACAUGCAAAUGAAGGUCCUGACCCAGCCCAGGUUCUAGGUUAGGACUGAGUAAGUCCUCUACUGGCCCAACUCCACCCACCACCCCUCCUGGGAUGAAGCAGGCAAACUUUCUUAAUUUGCCUGUGCUUUCCUGAUUGGUUAGUGUCUCUUUCCAGAUCUUCUAGGCUUAUGGAGGACUAAGUCAUGUGGUACCCAAGCUUGAGUGGGUUUGUCUCAGGCAGGGUGGUGUCAGGGUGCUGACACUUCCAGCCAGGAGCAGAGAAGGCCUAAUAGAGCAUUGGUACAAGUAGCAAAUAGCCCUUGUUGUCACUGAGAGAUGACACACACACACACACUCAUUCCUCACAAGCAGUGCACACAACCCCUCUUACGCUGUCUGAAGGAAUGAUCUAGAAAUCCACUGCUCAUUUUUCACAGAUGUUCUCUCCUCUGGUCUUCUAUAUGAGAGAUUGUUCCCCUCUCUAGCCUCCAGCAGGACUGGCACAACCAGGAACUCCGCUCUUCCUUUUCAGUAAUUACUGUGGAAUUUAAGGUCUCUGUAUAUUCCCACCACCACUCUCUUCUGAGCUGGAGCAUCUCAUGUCCUCUUGUUAAUGUCCAGAUUUGCAGUCAACGGAGAAACUAAACUAACAGAUGUCAGAGCCACAUCUCUUGUCCCUGGGUUACCUCCACUGUUGUCCCUGAAUUGUACAGGGUUACAUUCCAUUGCACAUGCUGUGACUGAGCAAGCCUCACUGUCCUGCUGUGAGUUAGGCAACUAUUAUCCCCAUUUUACAGGCAGGAAAAGCGAGGAAGGGAGGUGGUUACUUGCCCACGGUCACAUAGUGAGUUUCUCUUAGGGCAUGUCUACACUUAUCAGUAGAUACACUGCAAUCGAUGUAGCAAGUGUCAAUUUAGCAGGUCUGGUGAAGACACGCUAAAUUGAUGGGAGAGAGCUCUCCCGUCAAUUUUUGUACUCUACCUAACCGAGAAGCAUAAGGGAAGUUGAUGGGAGAUGCUCUUCUGUCGACACAGUGCAGGGUAGCCACCGUGGAUCUAACUAUGUUGACUUCAGUUACGUUGUUGACAUAACUGAAGUUGCGUAAGUUAGAUCGAUUUACUGCGAUACUGUAGACCAGGUCUCAGAUAUAGGAUUAGAAUGUGGGAGUUCCUGGCUCUGAAGCCUGUGCUCAAGUCACUAGAUCAUCCUCCUCUUGCAGAAAAGUUUAUAAAGAAUCUGUGAAAUGGAUUGAUCAGCGUUCUUUUCCCUUCAGCCUCAAGCCCCUGUUGGGGUGUGUCUCCUAUGUGCUAGUAAUAUUCCCUUCCUACCUACUAGAAUCCCUUAUGAUAGAGGCCACUCCUGGCACCACCUCUGCCCCCAUGACAGGAAGUUGUGAUACAGCAGGGAUCAUCCCAUGGGGACUGCAGUUCCUGUUUGCUUUGAUCAGUGUUUUACACCCCACUCUUAAGAGUCAGGGGCUUCACUGCCAAGUAAGAUGGUAGGAAACCAUAUUAAUGUGGUGGGCAAAGACUCAAACCCAAAUCUCUGUGAGUAUAAAUCUCUGUGUAACUGGAAUUCUGAUGAGUUCUCUAGAAAGGAGGCCCCUAGACUAGAACUCUAGUCCCAGAAGUGUGGGGUGCUGGUCUCCCCACAUCAAGAGGCUAGUUGUGGGGCUCUCAGCUCCCUCAAGGAGGUGGGUGUGCCAGAGGCAGCAUGCUGCCUUGCUGCUUCUGUUCCCACAUUCCACUAUAGUAGGUUUCUGCUUCAGCAUCUCCCUACCAAAUUCAUGCCCUGUGCUUCUUUCAGAGCCAUCUCACUCUGUACCCUGAGCAGGAGGAGAGGGGAUGAGGAUGCUGUUGGCAUAAACUUUGGCUCUUUAAAGGCAUAUGCACUGGAAAGUCAAAACAAAACCAGGGAGAGAGCAAAUCCAGUUCCCAGAUGUAUAUGACAUUUGUCAUAGGAAAUGGUCCCAGGAGACAUCAGGAAAUGUACGAACUUGCCUUCAAGCACUUUGCUGUCUCCAUUAAUGUUGUUUUCAUUGCUUCUGUGCUUGGAUUCAUGUCUUUGUUGUGCCUUUGUUUUCUAUUGCAAUGUAAGGAUCCUGUUUGGGACAGGACACCUGGCCUACUAGCUUCCUUUUCCCACCUGCAGAGACAGUGCUCCUACUUGGGAAUGGGGAAGGAAGGGAGAUGACAGGUGGGGACUGGACCAGCAUCACUCUGGCUGCCAGUCUCUGUUUUCCCAUCUUGGUUAGGCCAUGCCAUGUUUCCUCACUGUCCCCUGCUCCCUCAGGUUGUCUUAAAGUGCCAAUAGCAAAGCCUGACUGAUCUGAAGCAGGUCUCCUUCUCAUACCCACACAAGUAUGUAAGUCACCCUUCUGGAUCGAUCUAGUCUGGUAUCUUGUCUAGGGCAAGGACAGUUUCCUGCUGUACUAUGGGAAAGUGACCCCUGACAUGCACUAUGUCUAGCCAGUCAUGCAAUUCUGUAUUUGUCCCCUGGCUGGUGGUCAGAAGAUUUAGUCAUAAUAAGCAAAACUGCCCCCGUUUUUAACUCUGGCUCUGUUCUGCAAGAUUUCAUGAUGAAAGGAACUUACUGUAUUUAAACUGUGCAUUGUAUUUAUGAUGUAACUGACUGCACUUAGACUGUGGCUCUAGAACAGUGAUCUUCCAAUGCCAGACUCUGACAUGAGUGGAGUGGGAUUUCUGCUCCUCUCAUCCCUGUGUUUGAAUCCCCUGCUAACAUGGCCAUGCCUUGUUUUGCUUUUCUCUUACAUAGGAGCGGUCCGUCCAGCCAUUAUGUCCAUGAGAGAGGGAAAUGGUUAUUUUGCCACUAGUUUAAAUGAUUUUGCAAAAAUAAAUACAAUGCAAUGUAGGCAAAAACCUCCAUCAAUUUUGAUUGGAGCUCCACUUCUCUGCUGUUUGUCAUAGUCCUAGUGAAGUUCUGGUGUUCCAAAGUACAUGGUACAUGGGCAGUACUGGAGGGUCGUUUUCCACUCCCACGUAGCAUGUAUGUUACUCAACAUUCAGACUGGUUUAUUGACAGUUGCCUGCGUGGUCUGUCUUGUCUUAAUACACACUUUGGGGCCAUGGUGCAUACAAAGCGCUUGCAUCAGAGGUGUGAUUGAUGGAUCACUCCCUUGUACCCUAUCACGUCUCAAUGCCCAUAUCAGCAUGUCUGAGGCGCCCGCUGGUGGCCACUGUCUUGUGGAGAAGUGACUUCAUCUGCGAUGCAGAGGCCUCUGCUCCAAGCUCGCCGAGCUGCUGCAGUCAGAGGUGUAGAGGUCACUUCAAAGCAAGAGCCUCGAGCUUCCACUCCAGUGACAGACUCUGUUGAUAAAUCCAGUGAAUGGUUUAUGGGUGGUGAGUCACAUCCCCAUCCCUGUGGUCAGAAUGGUGGCCUUAAGGAGAAGGGAUGCUGCGGCCCUUUAAGACUCUUUCAAUUAGUCUGGCCUUUUGCAGGAGAGUCCUGUAAGGAUAACUGCCUGCCUGCCUGGCCUCCCAAGUAUGCUGCUGCUCAUGUGCAAAUGGCAAGAAUAGAGGAGCCCAGAUGAAGAUUUCUUUAUGCCCUAGUCUGCUCACUUUCCCUGUUGCAUGUCCCUUGGGAUGGAGCCGAGUUACAUGGACUCAGUGUUACAGAACACCCAGCUUUGUUCUAAUGGGGCCUUUGGGCCCUCGCACUUGGGAGGGGCUUUACCAAAUGAUGGUUGCUAUGGAGAAAGGUUUGUGUACAGGAAAUCACACUCCUUUUCCAUUCCCCAUCCCCCCCCCUUCAACAGAAGUCAAGGCCACAAGGCCCCACUGCCUGCUUCUUUCACCCUUUUUCACGUCUUGUGCUGGGGCAAACUGGACCAGGGCAAUUUCUAGCAAACUCAUUCACCCCACCCGCCUGUUUAGAGUCUUUGUAUCACUGGGGAGAAGGCAGCCCCCUUCUGUCCAGCCCUGAGCUGCUCCAGCUCCCUCUCCUGGGCCUUAGAGAGCCUUCAUAUGCAAUCACUGGGGAAGCAGUAAAGGAGCCCAUGUUCUCACACUCACUCAAGAGGUCACUGCCCUUCCCAGGAAUGCUGCCUGCUGGAUCCCUGCUCCACACUGCCCCAGCAUGAAGGCUAUAAGGAAACUCAAGCUCUCUUCAUGUGCCAUUCUCACGUGACUUUUUUGUACCUAUGUAUGAAAGAUCUAAACUAAUAUUGCUGUAAAGAAAGAUACAAAUUAAUAUAGCAUAUUAUAUAAAGAUAUAUGUAUAUAAA